AUGGUUUGCUCUGAUCUACUCUUUCAGUUUGCACUUGAGCAACACGAGGCUGGUCAUCGUGGGAUUCCGCCAAGCCCGCAUGUUCGCUUAGGCAGUUCGCCUGGCAGGUACCGCGUUUGUCGUUGCCCUCGGACGACUCAAGAAGGGCCGGUACCUUCUAACUUGUCCUCCCUUCCUUGUUCCUCAUCCGUUUUUAGCUGUAGUCCGUCGCGAUGCUUUCUGGGCGGCAUGUCUUUCAGCCUCGAGCGGCUUCCGCGUCUCGGUAGCUCGGGCGCCGGAAUCCUCUCCGCCUCCGCCUCCUCCGAAGCCCAGGGCUCGAGUUCCGUUUCGGGCGUUUCGCUGGCCUCGCCACUUUUCGAGCCUACACCCUCCUCCGCGUCACCGAAUCAUGUAGGCCUAUUGGUCUGGUACAAUCUGCUCGGCGCCGAGGCGGCCAGACGACGCCACAUGCCUGUCGUGGCGGGUGUCGGCAAGGCCCUGCAAACGGCCGACAAGCCACGUGGAGCCCUGGCAACCUCGAGACAGGCUAACGAGACUGCGCCCAGACGUCUCUCCCUGACACCAGGCAACAGCGUGGAUGCAUCAAUGUCUUUCGACUGGGGCGGAGAUUCACCUCUCAAAUGUGCUGCAGCCUCGAACUCCGCUUUCCACCCACCUCGCUCUUCUCCUCCUCCUCCACCAUCGUCAUUGUCACCAACACCGCCACCGUCACCGUCACCAAUGCCAUCGUCAACACUACUUCAGGCACCACUUUCUUCUGCAAAUCCGUCUCCGACAGAGACUCCACAGCCCAUCGCAGUCGCUACUGGCUUCCCGCUCCCCUCUCAGGAGCCAAUACACUUGACCGUGAGUUUUCACUACCUUUUACCCGUAGACCAUUUGUUUUAUGCAACGCUGGGACAUGUUUUUCCCGAGUUGAACUGGGACAACAAUCAGGAGCUAGACCGGCGCUCCAUCUCCAGGAAGGCGACUUGUAAUCGACACAUUCGUCAAUAUGUUCGCUGUGGGUUGGAUGAUACUUCUCAAACUGCUGAGUUUCGCAUUGCUACCACAGGCAACCGGGCAGCGUUGCUCUACUCUCUCUUUCUUCAACACCGCACACCCACUCACAGCUCCACCGGUCCUGUGUUCCACUACUCCCUUCUGUAUCCGCCACAAAAUAUUGAACUUUUUAAAAGGUUGACGAUCCAUGUCAAUCGGAGGGGUGGCCACGAAAUGCGUUGUGAAUCCUUACACUUUUGCAUCACGGCCACUAACCUGAUGUUUCUUUAUGCAUGCUACCCAAAAUACAGCUGA